AUGUCUUGUAUUUGCGAAUAUUUUAUACAUUCUAAGGAUCGGGACAUAGGCGUUACUUCUGAUUCAAAUUCAAAAAUCUCCUUACCCGGAUCGUCAAACAAUAAAGAAGUUUCCUCACUUGGCAGUGAUGCCUCUGCCUCAGAAAUUGCAUCGGCUAGGGCUGAAAUAUGGUUGUUGAAGAAAUCCGUCCAUGAGAAUCGUAUAUCUAUCGAAAAUUUAGAGAAUUUGGUCAAGGUGAUGAUGGAACGACAAAAUGUCAUGCUAACGGAGAUGUAUCGUUUGAAACGAUCAAAUUUCGAGUUACGAGAAGAAUGUCGCAUCCAAAGAGAUUAUCAUUCGAUGGAACGAAAUGCUAUGUUACGGGAAUUACACGAUAUUCGGCAAUUACUUAGUAAUCGAUCAAAAAUGCUGGAGGAAACAACGCUGAAAAAUGCCGAACUAAUCAAUUCGGUACAGGAUGCAAACGAGAAAAUCUAUUUGAUGGGAAUGAAAUAUUUGAAACUGAAGAACGUAAAUUAUCAGCCGCUUAUGAUUAAAAAUUAUUCAGAAUCUUCCGAUGAGUGUGAGGAAGAAUUAGGUGAUGAAUGCUCUGAAUCAGAAAAAUCCGAUUAACAUUCGAUUCAUAGAAAAUUUGGGAGACAAAUUUGUAGUAAGUUUUUAAAAUGUCAAAGUUAGGUUAAUAAAAAAAUGGUGCCGUUGGCUCAAGGCAUUGUAAGUAGGCAGUGGUGUCGAGAAAGAUGUCUCUGAAUAAAACCCAGAAUAAAUCCU